AUGCCUCGACCGCGUCGGACACUGGAGCGAGGCCGCGGGCCGAACAUCUCCAAUCUCUCACAGAUGUUGGGGUUCACCGACACGAAAGUACUUCCCAAGGUGCUCUUCGACUUCUGGUCGCCAAUUUUCCCGCACGGCCGUUUGGCUGAUGCCACUGAUGAACAACUCGCAAAGUUGGCGGACGACUUUCUCGAAAAGAAAGGAAGCGACCUAUGGUCCGUCAGAGGCCGAGGCCCUGUCUAUCCCGAUGACAAGGACAAGGACAUCAAGCCAAAAAUAUUCGAGAUCCUGAAACGCCAGCGUCGAAAUCAAUUAGAUGUACGCAUGAAGAGAGAUCGCCGACAGACUGUUGACUCUGAGGAGCCUCCCGGGGAGGAUGAUGAUGGUGACUAUCCGGAGGAUGAUCGAGCAUCGACCGUGAAUCCGGCGGAAAGAGCCGUAGAAGGUCGACGAGAGUUGAAUGACAAUGAAGCCGACACCACUCCUCCCACUGUAGCAUCAUCUUCGGCUCAGCCUACAUCAACAUCUAAUCCAUUCCACCAGCCAGGUGUCCGAGUUGUUUAUCUAGCAAAGCGUACCGAUGCUCCGGACACUGUACAAGCUCAAUCUUCUCGAGCCCACUCAGCUCCGGCCGUCAACCCACAAAAACGUGGCUUCGAAGAGAUGUCGGCCGAUGUUUCUCCUGCUGUACCAACCGCCACUACCCAACAUGCAACAAGCUACAAGAGACUGGUACCGGAAAAUGCAUUUCUGGCACUACCUGCAGGGAAGGAGGCAAGAUCAAACCAUAAACGCCCUACGGUUGAAGAUAAGUCUCCUGGCCCGAACUCAACACAGAGUCAGUCUAAAAGGUUGAGUGCUGGAGAAUCCCACAAACUCGGGCCAAUCGGACAAAACACUCUCUUAGAACGAAAUCCCAGGACGACAGAUGAUACGCAUAGAUUGAUUCAUGGCAAUGGUGUUGCAAUCAGUUACCCAUCCUCACCACCCGACAACGGUAUUGGCUAUCCUGCGGCAACAAAUCGUUACCAAAAUGCGUCCCAAGCGAGGCAAAAUGAGCCAUCAGAUCAGGAGCUCCGGGCAGAUGAGCAAGCCGAGAGCAUCUCGUACGACAUAUUUCAGAACAACUAUUCAGUUGAUCUCCACAAGGUGCCGGGGCUCUUACGGUUCUUGUUGAAACACUGUGAGGAUAAUAUAAUUCAGAAUCGCCAGAAAAUGCGCGACGGCCUGACAGCGGAGGAUCGACUAUCAGCUCGAAGCAGUUUCUUCGCGCUCCGGGAGAUGCUGAACGCUUUGCAGGGGGAAGGUCUUCGGGUAGGAGCUCAGUUGAAUUAUUAG